UUUGCAUUGGCUAUAAACUAGCUGACACUUUCAAAGAAAUGUAUGUAGAUGUCUACAAAUCCUUUCUUCCAGACAUUUUUUCUCUUAAAGAGGGCACCAUGUUCAGAUUACCUCUGAGGAUGGGUGCAAAUGCAAAUACCUCCAAAAUAUCACAGCAAGGAGUCACUGACCGUGACAUGAAAGAACUGUGCUCUGCCCUGUCUGAAGAUCCUGAAGGACUAAUUCUCUUUCUGAAAAACAUCUGCAAAAUCACAGUCCAUGAAAUCAGUGAAGAUUCAAGAGGACUUAAAACCAUCUUUGAGGUUGAAAAAAAUCUACCACAGACAAGUCGGGAAGAAAAAGAUGCUUUUAUCAAACAUCUACAAAAUGCACUGCAAUCAGACAAAUUAGCAACACACAAGACUUUCUAUGAAACUGUGAUUUCCACCUCAGACAAAAGACAAACUACAUGGAUUGUUGCAGAACAAUUUGGCUCCUUCAAAAACAGCUGUGAGUUAAAACUAUCCUACAAACUUCCCCAAGCAUCAUUAGCUGCACGUGUGAACACAAAAGAAUCCAGCGUCAUGGAUUUUAAAGGAGAAGUCUUUUGUUCACUUCCUUUGCCAGGGAAAACUGGACUGCCAGUACAUGUAAAUGGAAACUUUGAGGUUGAUUCUGCCAGGAGAGGCCUUUGGAAAGAAGAUGGGAAGAGUAAGAAAUCCAACUGGAAUGAGAUUUUGAAACAGAACGUCAUUGCACCACUGUAUGCAGAUCUCCUGCAUUACAUCAGGCGAAUGAUCACAGUCAAGAAAGUUUCCCUUGCAAGUACUGAAUCAUAUUUCAGAUCAGAAUACUUGUGUUUUUGGCCAACUGUGUCCAAGGAUGUUUGUCCAGACUGGCAUGAAAUGAUACAUGGAGUAUACAGAUCACUGAAAGAAAAAGGCCUUGAUGUAAUCCCUGUGAUGAAGAGCUCAACACGGAAAAUUGCAGAUAAAAAAAUUAAAGAAUACUCAUUUGACUGGUGUAAUGUCAGUGAAACAGACCCUACUGAGUCACCUUAUCUGACAUUCUCAGGAAAUUUCAAGCUGAACAACAUUUUGGAAGAUCUUGGAAUGAAUCUGGUUCCUUAUUCCACAAACAUGCAAAGGAUUUGGACAAGUUUCAGAUCUGCUGGUGUUGAAGUGAAAGAGGUCAGUCCCUCCACUGUGCGGACUUUUCUACAAGCAAAACCUCUCAAUGAUCCAACCCAAACAGAUGAGGAUUUGCCUUUACCCAUAAGUGCUACUUUGGUCAAAGAUGAGAAAAGAUGUUCAGAGCUCUUGAGUUUUUGUUUAAAAGAUUUCUCCUCACAAAAGGUCACACAGAAUUUACUCAAUGGCCUUCCACUUCUUCUCACAAGAGAUAAAGUUUUAAGACUCUUCAACUCCCAAACACCCAAGUGGAUAUCAAGGUAUGAAGAUGUCUUCUUUGACUGCCAGGCUCAAUUUGCAGAUUAUCAAACCAACAUUUGGCACACUGACCUUCUUCAAAGAUUAAAACUUGUCAGAAAUAUGACUUUGCGCCACUCAGAGAAAUAUCUGAAAACAUUAAUUCAGCAUCUUCUUGAGAACUGUGAAGUUGAUCCACACAGUGGUCUUCAUGUCCCCAAUGAGAAAAUAUUGAAGUGGCUAAAAUCACUUUGGAGGUUCAUAAUGAAUGAAAUUAAACCGCCAACAUCUAGAGAUGAUGAGUCCAGUCUUACACUCAGUGAUGUGAGGAAACACUUCAGUGACUGCUGCAUUUUACCUGUUGUGUGUCCAAGGUUGAAGAACAAGCACUUCCUGCAAACAAUGAAACACAUGUCAAGUGUUGUGUUUGCCUCACAGAAACACAAAGACAUAUCAGGCAUCCUCUUCAAACUUGGUUUUAUGAGGUUUGAUCAUGUUUUCUUCUCUGAGAUGGACCGAUGGAUAUAUUCAUGUCUACAAGAUGAACUUCUUGAUGUAGAUGAUGAAAGCUCAGUGUUGGAUCAAGUGUACAAAAUUAAUCGCUCAGAGUUUUCCCACCUUUCAAAUGAUAAUAUGAAAGAGUUUCAGAUGUUCCUGCAAUCAGGAUUAUCCAAGUCCAAAGUCAACCAAGAGUAUGUGAGGAAGCUCAAAUCCUUACCAAUAUUUGAAACAACACAAGGUGAACGAGUGAGGAUUGAUGAACCUAAGAAGGUUUUCAUCCUCAAAAUCAAAUAUUCAGUCAUAUUUCCAGAUUUGUUCAACCUACCUACAAACAGCAGCAUUUUUCUGAAACACAACUCUGAGAACUACAUGCUGUCAGAAACACUCAACAUUCAGGUCCUGGAUGAUUUGCAGUAUUUCAUGAAGUUCAUUCUGCCUGCUGUACACCAACUCACAGAGACACAGAUUCUUCACAGCCUCAAACUGUUGCUGUCACUAGAUUAUUCGUUGAAGGAAAGAAAAAUUAUCAUCUCCUCACUGAAGACGGUGAAACUGAUUCGCAGUUCUCAAGGUAGACUGGAGCCUGCAUCAUACUACUUUGAUGAGAGUGUGGAGCUGUACAAACAAAUGUUGCCCCAUGAGAGAUUUGUUCCUGAGAGAUUUUGGACUGAGCUGUGUGAUGGAGAUGACUACACAACAGAAAAAGCAAAAGAGCUGGUCAGAGAACUUGGAAUGAAGCAUGUUGUGUCAAACGAUGAGAUAAUAAAUUUUGCACACCAGCUUGAAUCAGAAGCAAAAGUUAACAGAAGACUCAAAGACAUGAAACAGAAAUCAUCAUUACUUUUCAGGGAAGUCUUAAAUAACGAAUGCAACAUCAAAACUAAAAAGCAAAAUUUGUUGGAGAGGAUUGCCGACAUCAAAUUCAUUUUUCCAGUGAUAAUUCGAAAAGAACUGUCCAACUACCACCAACCAUUUGCUGCUGAAGGAACUACUGUGAAAAUUAGAGGCUCUUUGAUUGACAAAAAUCCAGAGCAUCAAGAUUUGAUUUGGACCUCAAUGCCAAUUAUAGACCUGCCAGUUAUAGACCUACCAUUUAUGUCACAAGGUCUUCAGAAAAUGAUAAAAAAUGCAGGAGCUCACGAAGAACCACCUCCAAACUGUGUAGCCAGUAACAUAAGAAACAUCUGUCAGUCACCAUGUGAAACUGACCAGCUGAUCAAAACACGAGCUAAAGUGUUCAGAAGUUCGUACGCUUACCUGCAAGCAAAAAGAUUUGAAGGAAACCAGCUGGCUGGUCUUCCUGUUGUGUUGGUUGAAAAAGACACAAAACUUAUGAGGCCUGAUGACGUGUGUCUGUCGCUCUCCUAUGAUCUGGACUUCAGACCAUAUCUGUACAAGAUUACUCCAAAAGAUGCAAUGUAUGCACCGUUCUUUCAGAAAAUCGGUGUGAAGAACGAAGCUACUGCAGAGCAAUAUUGUAAUGUUUUGGCAGCAGUUUACGCUGAUUCCUGUGAUAAACAGAAACUACAUUCGAACCAGCUGAGAACUGUGAAACGAGCUGUUGAGCAGUUGUUUAAGUUAAUCAAAACUCACGGAAACCAGAAGCUUCUUGAAUAUGUGGAGACUCUGUAUCUUCCUGCAGUAGAUGGUAAAUUAUACCCGUCAGCCACACUCUGCUACAACGACACAGUGUUUGAGACCAAAAGGUUGGAAGAAGCGCUGGAGAACAAGUUCCUGCUGCUUGAGAAACUCAGUGAAUGUUAUUUGGGCAACGACAAAUACAAGCAUCAUCAGCUGUUGCAACUGCUGCCUCAGAAAUUUCAGCCAAAGAUGCUGUCUGAGUUCACAGAGGAAAGAGUUGUGGAAUCAAAAAUGCAGCUUUGUGAACUUGGGACUGGCUGUGAAUUUAGUGGAUGGUUUGAUAAACAUCUCUCCUCAGGAGCCUUUAAAUAUGGAUUAAUUUGUCUUAUUAGAGAGCAGUUGCAAGGCAAAAUAACACAAGAAGAUGCUUCUAACAUAUGUGAGCAGAUUUUUGGCAGUAUACAGAUUAUCUGCUGCAAAACGUUGGAAACAACACUCUGGCUCAAUAAACAGCCACUUGCUAAAACUGAUGAAGAAACAGAUGUUUUUGUGGAACGAGGACAACAAGGAUGCACCUUUUACUUAAAGCACAAUGAUGACAUGGCUCACAAAGUAAUAAAUGAAGUCAUUACAACAUUGACAAAAGAGAUUAAUGCUCUUUUAGGGAACAGAAUUGCAUCGGUUCAUCUUCCAGUGCUGGGACAACUCCUCAUGUGUAAUGAUCUGCAAGAUAUUCGGAAAACUCUGGCUAAAAGUCAGAUCCGUGACAGUGCUGAAACUGAAAGUUCCUCUUUUAGUCCAGCAGCCCCUGGGACAGAAGUUCCAGGAGAAUGGCAUGAUUGUUUGGACAUGAAUGUCCUCAACAACUUUGAAGAGGGGGAAUAUGUUGGCUACAGCAUUGAUGACAAGUACAUUUAUACAGUUAUUGUUGAAGAACUGCCUGGUCACAAUGGACAAUAUUCAUGGAGAUACAAAAUAGAUAUUGGAGAAGAUGAGCCCAUUGAAGUCAGCUGUGUUGAUCUGUUUCAGUUUAAACGACAAAAGAAGGUAAAAACAGAAAGGAGGAAAUGCAUGGAGCCAGAACCACAGAAGAAGAUGCUAAAACCAGAAGAAAACAGUUGCAUGGAGCUGGAACCACUGACAGGAGCUGUGCCACAUUCUUCUGAACCAUCAACAAGUUCCUUACCAGCAUCUGUUGAGGAAGCUAAAAGGGAAAUUGAUAAAUGUUUGGCAGAGAUCUGGAGGCUUCCUGAGGAGGAGAGGCACAAAGCCAUCAAGAGACUGUACCUCAGGUGGCACCCUGACAAAAAUCCGGAUUGCCAGUCUCUCGCCAGUGAGGCAUUCAAAUAUUUACAGAAUCGAAUUGAUGAGCUCAGCAAAGGCAAAGCUGCAGGCUUGACCUUUUCAAGCAGAAAUACAAAUUUCAGAGGCUUCUAUCAACAGUGGAAUCAGGAGGCCAGGUAUCACAGAAAUAGUCGAGAGAGGUUCUCUAGAGGCUAUAGAGGUUUCCAUUCCUACAACUUCUGGACCCACAAUGAAAAUGUCCCAAGGCCAGACAGAGAAGAGGCCAGGCGCUGGUGUAGACAGGCUCGCUGCGAUCUCAAUGCAGCUCACAAAGACACUGGUGGAGGGAGCACAGAGUGGUGUCUGUUUAAGGUCCAUCAAGCAGUGGAAAAGUCUCUCAUAGCAGCAUGCUAUAAAAGAAAUGGACAACACCCCAACAGCAGCUCAAUUUCAACCACUGCUGCACAAGUUUCCCGCUACAGCCCCCAACUGAGAGAUCUGCCUGAGAUUGUGAAAAACCUGCAGACACUCGGGGUGGAUCCCAAAAGGACUCAAUAUCCCAACUGCCAUCCAUAUCCCCACAUACCGAACGGACAAUUCAGAUCAGAGAAUGAAAUGCUGGCACUGAACAAGGCAUCUGAGCUCCUUAAUAAAAUAGAAGCAUAUGUGAAUUAAGGACUCAAGACAGAUGGACUAUCAAUUAGUGUGACUGUGUUUUGACAUGUUAAACAGAUGAUAUCUACAAUCUAAAGCUGAAAUAUUAUUUACCAUCACAACCAAUAUCAUUUCAAGUUGUCUAAUUUUUCACAGUAAUAAUCACAGAAAACAUUAAAUGAAAAAUGUUUUUUAUUUGUGUCAAUGCUAUUUACUCACUAGAGUGUUUUUAUAUACAUUUAGAAAUAUUUACUUAAGCUUUCCUGACUUUGAGAUAUUCUGUGUAUGGUUUUGUUCUGAAAACAAAAAAUCAAAUAUUCUUGUUGAUUAAGUUUGUUGACAUCUUUGAGUUGCAGUAGAAUCACUGAACCAUCUGCUGGAGAUCAACAUAUUCACUGUAACACUGUCAUGAAAUGAAAAAUGUCAAGGUUUCUAUGUUUUAAACAGUUGUGACUACUUCUCAGAGCACAGUUUAACUACUUCAUCUAUAGAUAUUUUCCUAUGUUUUAAGCAAGUUCUACUACUGUGACCCAAGUAUGUAUUGUUAAAUUUAAAUGAUUUAUGAUACUGAGGACCAAAACAAUACCUUAUGAAUUUCCAAUAAAAGUUUGUUUUUGCAAAGAUUUUUUUAGCAUUGAGAUGAAACAAAAUAUUUAAUGCAGUAUUUCGCAUUUGAGGGUUUUUAAUGUAGUAGUUUUGUUCAGGAAAUAAAAAUACAAAAGAAUUUAAUGGAAACUUUUUAAAUUUGUAUUCAAUUUUACUUAUAAAAUGAAAUGAUGAAACAGCAAUCUCAUAUUUCAAACACUGAUUCCCAGUCUUUCUAAUACUUCUAUAGUUACUUUUGAAAUUUUACUUUCUCUUUUUAAUAAUCAUGUACCCAAGACUUUUGAGAAAUAAAGCGUACUUACUAAAUAAUGA